AUGGCCGAAGAAGAGUUGAAAGAAGCGAAGAAAACCCGGAGGAACGCAAAGGCAGCCCUCACAAGAUGUGGUAACUGGUUAACUAGCGUAAUUGAAGUUAAAAGACCAGGAUCAGAGGUAAGAGAAGCCUUAGAUAAAGUCGAGAAAGCGUACAAUGACCUGGUAGUCAAGCAUGAAGGCUACACGAAACUCAUAGAUGAUGAUACGAAGUUUGAAGAAGCUGAAAUUUGGAUGGAAGAAUGUCAGGGUUCCUUCAUGAACUAUGUUAUGCGAGCUAAGAUGUAUUUUGAAAGUUUAGUUAGCCAAGAGCAACAAACGUUGGAAAAUGGUACAAAUACUGAGAAAACUGCGAGUAAUGAACCAAACACCAGCGGAAUUUCAAGUAUGCAAUCUGGAACGGAUGUGGUUUCCGGUCCCACCUUUAAUGAUAAUGAACAGAUCCCUACUGUUAAUGCUGGACAGGAAACCUCACAACCACCCCUAAGUAAUGGUAAUAAUAGUUUGAAUGGAAAUGUACAAGUUCCAGAUCUCGUUAAUGAUCCCAGUACUUCAAAUAACGCCUGCGGUUUUAAGAUGGAAAAGCCAAAAUUGCCAAAGUUCGCUGGAGACGUGAGAGAGUAUGCGAUUUUUAAAGCAGAUUUCAAACACGCAAUUGAAGCCCGGUACACCAAACGAGAUUCAAUCACGUUUUUACGUACAUGUCUCCACGGAAAGCCCCUGGACUUAAUUAAAGGGAUUGGCACAGAUUAUGAUGCCGCUUGGGAAUAUUUGGAUUCCAUUUACGGCGAUCCGCGAUUCGUCUCGGACACCAUAACACAAGAUAUUGUUAAGUUCCGCGCGCUGCAAGACGGAGAAGAUGCUAGAUUUUGUGAUCUAGCACACUUAGUUAGGCGGUGUUUUAACACUCUAAAGGAAGUGGGCAUUCCCAGCGAAAUAGAUAACAGCCACAUGUUGUCCAUUAUUGAACAAAAAAUGUGCGCUGACGAUCGGAAAGUGUGGUCUAGAGAACUGGAACGAGACGGAAAGAAGGCGACAUUACAAGGACUCAUAGACUGGAUGACAGUGGAGAUGAAGUCACGCAUGCGUGCAACAGCGCCAUUGAGAACCGGUUCAAGCACCCGUUCAGUUAAUCAUUUCUUGAAAGAUGACAGCAGUAAAGGUAACGCAACAUGGCACAAAUGUUGGAUGUGUCGAAACUCAGCCCAUUGGCCAGACCAAUGUCAGAAGUUCGCUGCUCUCAGUGUCGACGAGCGACUCAAGAUAGCCAAAGAGAACCACGUGUGCUUCGGGUGCCUGAAAAGGGCCGGAAGAGAACACAGAAUGGAAAACUGCACUCGAAGACAGCGUUGCACAAAACAGGAAAACGGAAAACAAUGCGAACAUUAUCACCAUCCACUCCUACACAAAAGCAACGCGAUCAGAUUAGGAGUAGCGGCUGUCGCGGCCGGUAAGGGGGCUCUUCUUCCAGUUAUGUCAGCAAUCAUUCACGGUCAGAACGGAAUCCACAAGAAAGGAAAUAUCCUCCUCGAUACUGGCGCUCAAGUAAGCCUUAUCCGGUCCGACAUUGCGGAGUUACUUGGACUCAAAGGAAGGGACACCUCUGUGACCAUAGCAAAAGUUGGUGGAGAAGAGGAAACCAUAAGAACGAAGGAAUACCGAGUACCUGUCAGUUCUGGAGAUGAUCACAAGAAGUAUUCGAUAACUGCCAUUGGAAUCCCAAACAUCAGUGAUGACGUUGCCCCAGCUCCAAUUACACAGAUAACCGAACUCCUGGGACUGUCAAGCGAGAAGAUCAGACGUGGAAGGGGACCGAUUGAUAUCCUCAUAGGCAUUGACCAUGCUAACAUGCAUACAGGCCAAACCAGACAAGCAGGAGAGCUUGUAGCAAGACAAACCCCACUGGGAUGGGUGGUGUUUGGAGGCUCAUCAGGAAACGUUCAACCAGCGAGUCGCAUACUGUUUGUCAAGUACGCUACACCCGUAGACCUAUCUGAUUUCUGGAAAACAGAGUCCAUGGGGGUCGAGGUAAGGCCAUGCGUCUGUGAAGCCGACAAGUUAAGCCAAGUGGAAAGAGAAGAAGCCGAAGUCAUAAGCAAAUCUUGCCAGAAAAUUGGACAGCAGUGGAUGAUCCCAUAUCCUUGGAAGAGGGAUCCGAAUCUUCUUCCUGAUAACAGAUCGUUAGCGCUGAAACGGCUAGAAGCAACAGAACGUCGCCUAAAGUCGAACCCGGAUCAAGCCAAGGCAUAUGACGAGCAGAUGACCGAAAUGGUGAAUAUGAAUUUCUGCAGGAAGUUAUCAGAAGACGAGGUGAAGAAUUACAAGGGCCCUGUACACUACAUACCGCACCACGCAGUAGUCAGACCAGAAAAGAAAAGCACGCCCGUUCGUAUUGUUUUUAAUUCGUCCUCCGUGUUCCAAGGUCAUAAAUUGAAUGACUAUUGGAUGAAGGGUCCAGACCUGCUGAACAACCUAUUUGGCGUUGUCCUGCGUUUUAGAGAAAGAGAAGUCGCUCUGCACAUGGCCAGUGUUUUUGGAGUGACUGCCACAAAUUUUACAGCUCAAGAUGUGAAUGAAUUAAUAAAGCAAGCAGGUUUUGUUCAAGAGGUGAUGUAA